AUGAGUGGAAUUAAUCCUGAUUUUCAGAAAGAACUUUCUCGACGUAGAUCGUCUAUGAAUACAUUAAAUGAAUUUUUAAGAUAUGCUAAAAUUGAACAAGAUUUAUAUGACACAUUUGAAAAAUUUCAUCGACUAUCAAUAGAAUCUACAAAACUUUAUUUUGCAAUUAAUCAUCAACAAAUUUCUUCAUCGACGACUAUGAUUGAACAACCAAAACAACAAUAUCAAUUUAUGAAUAAGAUUACUCCUCGUUCACAUUCAUUUACAACACAGUGA